CUUUUGCACGUAUAUGAAAAGUAUUUCUGGUUUAAGAAAGCACAGAAAUUUAAUGGCUUUAAAGUUACGUAGCAUUAUUAUGAAUCAGGCAAUCGACAAAUGCAUAAUAUAAGGCAUAAAAAUCGAGGGGCCUCGGCCAUUUCUUGACCCACAUCGAAAUGUGGCCCAGAACGAGGAGUUGCUCUUCGAGCAGUCAGGAACAAGCACAGCUUUGGAACGAGUACAUGGAGAGACCUGCGAAGGAAGUUGUUGAUUUGGUCGACGAAGUUGUUGAAGAAACCGUCGAAUACGAAGACAACGAGUUUAAAGAGCUGAAGAUCCUCAACUAUUUGAUGGGAAAACCUUUAACGGCAGAGGAAGAAGCUGAAGUUCUGCUGUCCUUGCAGAACACAAACGCCUCUUGCAUCGAGGACUUGCUGCAGAUAAUAAAUGAAGACUCGGCGGAACAGAAAAACAAUCGACACGAAAAUUUGAAUCUUCCCCCAAAUGAACAAACUGAAAGCACUUUGUCGGUUGUUUCUUGCAUGAGACUGAAAAUCGGAUCCUUGGAAUUAAGUCCGGAGGGUCUCGAGCUGUGUCAGACGUUCAAGCAAAACUCCAGAAUCACAAGUUUGCUCUUUUUGGUGGAAUAUCUUCCACCUCGCAGCUGCGUCAACAACACUGCCAUCAGAAUUUCAUCAAAGAGAAUCUGCAACAAUGUUAUUACUUUUGAACAAGAAAAGAUGCACAGCUGCGAGUCUAGCAAGUCCCUGGAAUUCACGAUUCUGAUUAAAAAAUCCGGCGCGAUGGAAACUGUUUUUGGUUUUGCCUCUUUUGACUGGGCCAAAUACUUGCUGGCCACUGGAAACAAAUGUGACAUCAGCCUCAUUGUCAAUCAUCCGACGAAAAACAUUGUUCUGGGAAAGCUGAAAAUCCGGAUGCAUUUGGGAGAGGAAAGUGCAGUCUCGAGACAGAACAGGGAAAUUAAUGCAAUUCCGAGGCAAAGACUCGAACCUGUCAGCAGAGAACCAUCAGAACCUGAGGUCCAAGUGGUUGGAGAAGUGAAAAGAACAAAGUCUCCUCCCAAAGAGCCUAUUUUAAAAGAGUCUGUUCUUUUGAGAAGCCUGUUUAUUGCAACCUCAGCCCAAGGAUUUACAGAUGUCAACCUGUUUUUGGUUUUGAAGUCUUUUUGGUUGGACGAAGAUUUGAAAAGUCCGAUUUCAUCUGGAAAGGAUGUCAACUUUAAUUUCCACAUGUCGGCUCCAGUUCUGCUCUCAUCGUACUUCCUAAGCCGUUGCAAAGGAAAUAACGCAAUCCUUGAAGUUUGGAAUGCAAGUGAAGAUGGAGACGAACUUGUCGGAAUCACCCUGCUGCCUUUGCACACCUUUUACCUGGCCUAUCACGACAGUCUUGUGACCAAAGCCCUUCUAGAUUGCAAGAUGCCUGUGAUUUCUGUCGAUCAAUGGCUGCAAGUCGUCUCUCCAAAAAGUGGCAAGCAGGUGGGAGAAGUCAUGUGCUUACUCGCUUUCGGCUCAGAUGAGCAAGUCAGUCAACUGGAGCUGAAACGAGGGUUGAGAAAUAGUGCGGCUCCGAGUCCAACUGCAGAUCAAAGAAAACCCGUGACAAAAGCGGAUGAUGAGGUUGUUUUUACUCACACAUUGAACAUUGCAAUUCUGAAAGUGAAAGAGUUGUUUGGAGCAAGUCUGGAGGCUGAUUGUUAUGUCGGGUGCAAAAUUCCUGUUUUAAAUGAAAAUGGACAUUUGGAUUUUAAAAAAUUCACCAGCAAAUCUGCAGUUUGUUCCGUCGAGACAAAAUUGAACAGCAAACUAGUGUUUUCUCUCAACACACCUGACCAGAGUUGCCUUUUUAAAUUGUUAGGCAGUGCUGAGGAUGAGAUCACUUUUGAUAUCUACUACAGAACAAAUCAUCCACAAAACAAAGACAUAAAAGUUGCACGGGCUUCUUUGCCAGUGACGGAAAUCAAUUUUCUUGAGGACCAAUUUAACAUUAGUGGCGAAUCCGCAUUUCUUAGCCUAGCCUUACCUUUAAAAACUGAAAACUCCGAAGUGCCCCUCAGCAACAAAAAUGCCUCCCUUGUUGUGCGACUGGAGUAUUUCAAAAAGAGCUCCACAACCAAAGACAAACCGCUGGACCAAAUCCAUUCGUCGAUAGCCACGCAAACUGAUAUUUCCGAAAAAGAGGAAAGUGAAAAGGAAUCACAAAGUAACGACCAACUCUGGAGCACAACUCUUCUCUCUCAGCUGCAGAGACUGCGGAUUUCAAAAACGGACACCUCGGCGCCCAAGGAAGAGGCGCCAAAAAAGACCUUCCGGUGCCACAUCAAGGUGGAAAAGGCGAUCCAGCUGCCCUACACGAAAACCACCACCAGAACAGCCAUCACUCAUUCAGAGCCCUGCACCUACGUCACCAUUUCCAACGAGGGAGACGUCAAAACCAGUCCCAUAAUUCUCUACUCAAUCGACCCUGCGUGGAACUGGAGUUGCGAAGUCGAGUUGCCCUCACACCUUUUACUAGAGGGAGGAGAAAAUCUUGUUUUGAAAGUUUGGCAACUGCCGAGCUGCUCGGACACACCCAGUACAAAAUCCAACGCAAUUUUGUGCUUUGCAGCAGUGCAAAUUGCCGAUCUGAAGUAUGGCCUUCCAAAGAUUUCCGGCUGGUUUAAUUUGGUCAACUAUUCUGGAAAGUACUGCGGGAAAAUUUAUAUGUCGCUGUCACCUUUGGAAAAUCUUCCGGAGCUGAUGUUCCCCAACAGGGGGGUCCCUAAACAAAAUCCUCUUAUGAUGCCCAUGGAAAAUGUACCUGUUGAACCACCUCUUGAUGCUAAACCAAACCCUUUCAUAGACUUGUCUUCGUCUGUUAUGGAGUCAACCUUGAGAAAACAAAUGGUCGAUCUGGACGAGCUGACCUCACUCCUCAAAGGCGAAGUGAGUGACUCGAGUCGGAAAACAACUCCAGAUGUGCCUGAGAACUGCAUUGCGCCUGAAAAUUUAGACGACUUGGAAAUAAUUCCUCUAGAAGACUCCAAAAAGGAUGGCAGCAGUGACGGAAGUGAGGAAGAAAGUUCUACGGACUCGGUUGACUCGGACGUGGCCAAACUGUUGGCAAAGUUUGAUUUGGAAACACUGCACAAAAUCGUGGAACAACUUGACGACGAAGUCAUGAAAAUGAGCCACGGCAGCAAACCGGAUUAUGUUUGUGCAAAAACGAAACCUCCUGUGGAGGAUGAAAAAAAAGACAAUGAAGUGCCUGCCAUCGAAGCAGACCAAGCUUCGGUCGGCAGCCACUCCGACUCUGGCAUUUCCACUUCGGCCAGGAAGAGGCACUUGCAUCCGUAAAUUCUAACUUAUUUGUAAAUGUGACAAAUUUUAUCUAAUUUCUUAUAGAAGUCAUGCAUUUUAUUUUGCUUUUGAAAUGAUUGAUUGUUGAAUAAAUUACUAAAGUAUUUGUCAAAAAUUUAUUA